CUGGAGCACAACUUGGAGCAUGGAUAGGAUCAAACAUAACUCUAUGCUCGAACAUGGACCUGACUUGGCUGGUAAAAGUGUCCAACAGGAAAGACCAGUGUCUCCAGUCAGCUGUGUGUCCAUGAAGAGUGAGCGGUCCAUGGGUGAACCUAAGAACUUCACAAAUGGACACCACCCUGACAGUAACAGUGUCCAACAGGAAAGACCAGUGUCUCCAGUCAGCUGUGUGUCCAUGAAGAGUGAGCGGUCCAUGGGUGAACCUAAGAACUUCACAAAUGGACACCACCCUGACAGUAACAGUGUGCAACAGGAGAGACCAGUGUCUCCAGUCAGCUGUGUGUCCAUGAAGAGUGAGCAGUCCAUGGGUGAACCUAAGAACUUCACAAAUGAACACCACCCUGACAGUAACAGAUUCACUCCAGAGAGGUCAGAGGUUCCCAGAUGUGACGGUGCAAAGCAUUCUCAAACAAACCAAGACUCAAUAUUUAUGCUUCCUCUGGAGAACAUUGUCACGUUUGUGAGGGAGGGGCUGAAGAAGUUUCAGAGGAUUUUGAGUCCCGAUUACCAGGAAUGCUCAGAGAGACAGGGUGAGGAGGAGUAUGAGGCACUUCUGAAGUUCACACUGGACUUCCUGAGGAGAAAGAAGCAGGAGGAGCUGGCUGACUGCCUGCAGAGCAAAAUCUCUGCUAUGUCCAAGAGUAAACUCAAAUCUAACCUGCAGAAGAAGUUCCAGUGUGUGUUUGAGGGGAUCGCUAAAGCAGGAAACCCAACCCUUCUGAAUCAGAUCUACACAGAGCUCUACAUCACAGAGGGAGGGACUGCAGAGGUCAAUGAUGAACAUGAGGUCAGACAGAUUGAAACAGCAUCCAGGAAACCAGACAGACUAGAAUCAAGAAUAAGGUGUGAAGACAUCUUUAAAGCCUCACCUGGAAGAGACGAACCAAUCAGAACAGUGAUGACAAAGGGAGUGGCUGGCAUUGGGAAAACAGUCUUAACACAGAAGUUCACUCUGGACUGGGCUGAAGACAAAGCCAACCAGGACAUACAGUUGACAUUUCCAUUGACUUUCAGAGAGCUGAAUGUGCUGAAAGAGAAAAAGUACAGCUUGGUGGAACUUGUUCAUCACUUCUUUACUGAAACCAAAGAAGCAGGAAUCUGCAGGUUUGAAGAGUUCCAGGUUGUGUUCAUCUUUGACGGUCUGGAUGAGUGUCGACUUCCUCUGGACUUCCACAACAAUGAGAUCCUGACUGAUGUUACAGAGUCCACCUCAGUGGAUGUGCUGCUGACAAACCUCAUCAGGGGGAAACUGCUUCCCUCUGCUCGCCUCUGGAUAACCACACGACCUGCAGCAGCCAAUCAGAUCCCUCCUGACUGUGUUGACAUGGUGACAGAGGUCAGAGGGUUCACUGACCCACAGAAAGAGGAGUACUUCAGGAAGAGAUUCAGAAAGAAGCAGGUUAGAAGAAUCAUCUCCCACAUCAAGACAUCACGAAGCCUCCACAUCAUGUGCCACAUCCCAGUCUUCUGCUGGAUCACUGCUACAGUUCUGGAGGAUGUGAUGAAGAGCAGAGAGGAAGGAGAGCUGCCCAAGACCCUGACUGAGAUGUACAUCCACUUCCUGGUGGUUCAGACCAAAGUGAAGAACAUCAAGUAUGAUGGAGGAGCUGAGACAGAUCAUCACUGGAGUCCAGAGAGCAGGAAGAUGAUUGAGUCUCUGGGAAAACUGGCUUUUGAUCAGCUGCAGAAAGGCAACCUGAUCUUCUAUGAAUCAGACCUGACAGAGUGUGGCAUCGAUAUCAGAGCAGCCUCAGUGUACUCAGGAGUGUUCACACAGAUCUUUAAAGAGGAGAGAGGACUGUACCAGGACAAGGUGUUCUGCUUCGUCCAUCUGAGUGUUCAGGAGUUUCUGGCUGCUCUUCAUGUCCAUCUGACCUUCAUCAACUCUGGAGUCAAUCUGAUGGAAGAACAACAAACAACAUCCCAAAGGUCUAAAGUCUUCAGAGACAAACCUAAACUCAUACAUCUCCACCAGAGUGCUGUGGACAAGGCCUUACAGAGUCCAAAUGGACACCUGGACUUGUUCCUCCGCUUCCUCCUGGGUCUCUCACUAGAGACCAAUCAGAGACACCUCCAAGGCCUGCUGACAGAGAAAGUAAAAGGCCCACAGAAUAAUCAGGAAACAAUCCAAUACAUCAAGGAGAGGAUCAGGACGAAUCCACCUCCUGAGAGAAGCAUCAAUCUUUUCCACUGUCUGAAUGAAGUGAAGGAUCAUUCUCUGGUGGAAGAGAUCCAACAGUACCUGAGUUCAGGACGUCUCUCCACAGAUGAUCUCUCUCCUGCUGAUUGGUCAGCUCUGGUCUUCACUUUACUGUCAUCAGAACAAAACUUGGAUGUGUUUGACCUGAAGAAAUACUCUGCUUCAGAGGAGGCUCUUCUGAGGCUGCUGCCAGUGGUCAAAGCCUCCAACAAAGCUCUGCUAAGUGGCUGUAAUCUGUCAGAAAGAAGCUGUGAAGCUCUGGCGUCAGUUCUCAGUUCCCAGUCUUCUUGUCUGAGAGAGCUGGACCUGAGUGACAACAACCUGCAGGAUUCAGGAGUGAAACUGCUGGCGGCUGGAUUGGGGAGUCCAAACUGUACGCUGGAAACUCUCAGGUUGUCAAGCUGUCUGAUCACAGAAGAAGGUUGUGCUUCUCUGGCCUCAGCUCUGAACCUCAACCCCUCCCAUCUGAGAGAACUGGACCUGAGCUACAAUCACCUCGGAGACUCAGGAGUGCAGCCUCUGACAGCUGGACUGGAGAGUCCACACUGGAGACUUGACACUCUCAGAUUGUACCCUAAUGGCGUCCAGUGGUUGAAACGAGUUUUCAGGAAGUAUGCCUGUGACCUUAAACUCGACCCCAAUACAACAAACAGAUAUCUCUCCCUUCUAGACAACAACACAAAGGUCAUGCCAUUAAUUGAUGAAGAGCAAUAUCCCGCUCAUCCAGAGAGAUACAUCACGUGGCCCCAGUUGCGAUGUAGAAACGGUCUGACUGGUCGUUGUUACUGGGAGGUUGAAUGGGAAAGAGAGGUCAAUAUCGCCGUGACUUUCAAAGAUAAUGAUGACUGUUGGUUUGGAGGGAACGAGCGCUCCUGGAGUUUGUACUGCUGUCAAGGUGUUUACUCUGCUUUGCACAAUAAAAGCAGCACACCCAUAAAUCCUCCCCCGAACUCGUCCUCCAACAGAGUGGGAGUGUACCUGGACUGGGCUGCUGGCACUCUGUCCUUCUACAGUGUCUCAUCUGACAAAGUGAUCCACCUUCACACCUUCUACACCACGUUCACUGACGUUCUUUAUCCUGGGUUUGGGUUCCGCUUGGGGCCAGGCUCCUCUCUGUCUCUGUGUGCGCUGAAGGCACUGUCAAACAGAGAGUGAAGAAAGACAACUGCUGACAAGCUAAUUUAAACUGUGCAAAAUUGAAUUAUGUUUACGUUAAAAGCUAAUGACUUUACAUCAAUAACUACUGUUUAAAAGUUGCAAUGUAAAAGAACUGACUCGUGAUGAAGUCACAGAAAACUAUUAUUUGAGUAUCCCUCAGCUCUACAGAGCAUUUUUGUGACGUUAUAACGCUCCAUUACGUGGAUUGUUCUGUUGUGCCUACCCCACACGAAGGAGCUGCAGUCCACCAGGAAUUAUCCACUGCCCUGUAUGAGCAAGCUGCAGUUGUCCAGGAAUUAUCCACUGCCCUGUUUAAAACAAGCACAAGUAGCAUUCGUCCAGGAAUUAUCCACUGUCCUGUACAAACUAGCAGGAAUUAUCUACUGCCCUGUAUGAGCAAGCUGCAGUUGUCCAGGAAUUAUCCACUGCCCUGUGAAAACAAGCACAAGCAGCAGUCAUCCAGGAAUUAUCCACUGUCCUGUACAAACUAGCAGGAAUUAUCUACUGUCC